AUGCGAUCCCUGAGCAUUCUGGAUUUUGGCCAAGAGGCCUACACUGGAAAGUGGAUUGAAGAAGCGCAGCUGAGCACUGUGCGCUUAUUCUUGAGCGAGGUGCCAACUGCCAAGGUGGACACCCUGAUCCGCGCCAGCAAGUUGGCCCAGGAGGCUCGCCGAAACGCCGAGCAGGUCCAGGCGAUUACCAUUGACGAGGAACACCUUGGGGGUACAUGGCCCUCGGAGUUCUCGUGGCGACUACGAGCUUACUCUUGCCGUGAAACAAGCAUUGGCAUGCAAUACCACUCUGCGUUGGGUGGCUGGAACGGAGAUGAUCGCCGAUGCUUUGACCAAAGCUUCUGCCCGGCACUGGCCCAAACAAGCCAAACGGGACUGCCUAUCAUCACGUUGGCGCCGCACCCGUCCGUUCCACAAGUUGAGUUCGAGAUGUCUGACAGUCCAAAGGUUCAGAAGGAAUCCGGCACGCAGAAGUUUCAUUGGUGGGUCAGCGGAGAGACUGCGGAGGAGGACGCGAUCGAGGCUUUGAGUCCUGAAGGCCAUCCCCUGGCAUUUGGCCGAUUUCACGCAGCACACUUCACCUUCAGCGCUAAGAUCGAUAGCAAGACACCUCGCUCCGGCGACCCAAAGAUCUUUGAUCGGGGCACGCCCAUUUGCACCAUCAAACAUCUUUGGGAACUUUGCUUUCGGCCACGCUGA